AGUCAGUUAUUCAAUUGGAUAUUUGAAUUAACGAGAUGUCUUCAUUUAAAGUUUCUAUUAAAAAUGCUGGGAAGACUUAUGAGAUAAAUCUCGAGGCCCACGAUACCGGGAAGGUUUUCAAGCAACAAGUUUAUGAAUUAACUAAAAUACCUCCUGAAAGACAAAAGAUUCUUAUUAAAGGAGGUAAAUUAGGAGACGAUGAAGUUAUUGCUUCACUCAAUUUAAAUCUUAAACAACCUAUUAUGGUUUUAGGUACUCCAGAUAAGGAUUUACCAUUAAAACCUGUUGAAAAGCAAGUAUUCAUAGAAGAUCUUAAUAAACAUCAAGGAGCUGUUGUCAGUACUGAACCUUCAGGAUUAGUUAAUUUAGGAAAUACUUGUUAUUUAAAUUCUUCUUUACAAUCAAUCUUUCAAAUUAAUGAUAUUGCUUCAAGAAUAAAGACUUUUCAAGUAUCUGCCAAUUCUGGAAGUAAUCCUUCUCAAGCUUUAUUAUCAGCUUUAAAAUUAGUAUUUCAACAAAUGAAUAAUAAAAUUGAAAAAGUUACUCCUUCAUUGUUUUUAACUUUAUUUAGAAAUGUUUACCCUCAAUUUGCUGAAAAAGAUAAUCAUGGAUAUUAUAAACAACAAGAUGCAGAAGAAGCAUUUUCUCAAUUAUUACAAGUUGUAACUAGAGAAUUAAAAGUUGAUGAUUUAUUUAAAAUUUCAUUUAAAACUCAACAAAAAUGUUUAGCACUUCCAGAUGAUGAAGUUCAAAUUGGAUAUGAAGAUGCUAAUAAAUUAAAUUGUCAUAUUGAUAUUAAAACAAAUUUCUUAAGAGAUGGUAUUAUUGGAGGAUUAAAAGAAACUAUUGAAAAAUAUAAUGAUACUUUACAAAGUAAUACUGAUUAUGAAGUAAGUAGAACAAUAACAAGAUUACCAAAAUAUUUAACCGUUCAUUUUGUUAGAUUCUUUUGGAGAAGAGAUACUCAAAAGAAAUCAAAGAUUUUAAGAAGAGUUCAAUUUCCUUUUGAACUUGAUUUAGCUGAAAUGUUAGAUGAAUCUAUUAAAUCUGAAAAAGUAAAAAUUAGAGAUGGAAUUAGAAAAAUAGAAAAGGAUAACUUGGAUUUAAUUCGAGACUUUAAAAAGACUAAAAAAGAUAGUACUUUAAAUCCUCAUCAACAACAAGAAGAAGAAGAAAUGAAAAUUCUUUCUAUUAAAACCAAAUUUACUGAUGAACUUGUAUCUAUUUUACCUGAAAGUUAUAAAUUAGAUGAAGCUACUGAAAAUCCUUCUUCAAUUUAUGAAUUAAAUGCUGUUAUUACUCAUGCAGGAUCUUCAGCUGAUUCUGGUCAUUAUCAAUCAUUUGUAAAAGAUCCAACUGAUUUAGAUGGUGAAAAAUGGUGGAAAUUUAAUGAUGAUAAAGUUUCAUCAAUUAGUAAAGAAAAAAUUGAAGCUUUAGCUGGUGGAGGUGAAAGUGAUAGUGCACUUUUAUUAAUUUACAAAGCUGUUGGAUUAUAAGAUACCUUAUUUAUCUAGAAAUUUGUAUAUGGGAAUAUA